CCUGACCAACCUCAAAUAUCAGUUUUUCCACAACACGAUAUAUAUUUAAGAGGGGAGGAUGUCACAAUACACUGCCAUGGUCCUGCUGAUAGAACUGUAAAGCAUUACUGCCUUCUCACAGAUGAAGAUGGGAUUCCAAAACAAUCCAUGUGCCAUAAAUCCUCGUCAUUUCCGUUGUCUAAAUUUGAUGUAUCUAAUCGGAGUACAUUUUCAUGCAUGUAUCAAAAAGAAAAAAUGGGGCGACAUAUUGAUUCAAAUCGCAGUCAGACUUUAAUACUAUUUUUCACAGAUACUCCUGCUCAACCUGAAAUAACUAUAAGCCGGCUUAUAUAUGUAAGAGGGGAGAACAUUACACUGCAGUGCUCUGCUCCAAAUGAUGCUGCUGAAUCUUACUGGUUUUUCAAAGAUGGAAAAAUAAUUAAAGACCGACCCAAAUGUCAAGAAAACUCUACACUUCUGAUGAUUAAUCUAGAUGUAUCUGACAUGGGUGAAUUCUCCUGCAGUUAUAGCAUAGUAGUGAGCAAACGAUUGGUCAAUUCAAGUCAAAGCCAGCCCUUCAAAUUGUUUGUCACUGUUAAGCCCACAAAACCUUCAUUGCUUUUGUCUCCAUUGUAUCCUGUCUACUUUAAAGGAGAAAAUGUUACCAUCACAUGCGCUGCUGAAGGUUAUAAAGUUGUAGGAUACAAGAUUUUUAAACAUGGAAACAUGAAUGAUUCGCUCCCACCAUGUGAAGAAAUAAACAUGUAUCCGAUAUCAGAAUUUAACCUCAACAAGAGUGAGGAGUACUCCUGCAUUUUCUGGGUAAAGAUAUUUGGAACGUGUAUUCCUUCUGCAGUCAGUGAUGUGUACUUAUUAAAAGUGAGAGAUCCCCCAGAACAACCACGGAUGACUCUCAAUCAAAAUUCAACUGCUGUGCUUCAAGGCGAAUCUCUGACUCUAACAUGCUGGAUGUGCAAUGAGUGGGAAUUAAAUAAAGACAGCACGGUCAGACUCAUUUCCCACUCCAAUCACACUUUAAGUAGUUUGAAGCUUACAGACCAAGGCAACUAUUCCUGUCGCUGCAAGCAUAAUAUAAGUGAAAGAAUUAUAUAUUCCUCGUUUAGUAGUACUGUCAGCCUAAUGGUAAUAGAAAUACCAGCAGCACCAUCAGUUGUGCUUUUCCCCAAUCAUACUGUGUUUAUUAGAGGGGAAUCCUUUGAUAUUUAUUGCUCAGUGCCAAAUAAUAUUACUCCUGCAUUCUACCGGUUCUUUGCAAACUACAUCACUAUUUCAACAUUGAUGCAAAAACAUUCACAGGAGCUCAGAGCUGAUAAUACCGCAGCUUUAUCUUACACCUGCAAUUAUGGAAUUCAUACACAUGGAAAGAUGAUUCAGUCCUUGGGAAGUAAACCUCACCCCAUUUGCAUAAUAGAUCAUCCUGCAAAGCCACUGCUAUCAGCGGAAAUAAGUGGUUGGAUGAAAUACAGAGGUACUUUUAUUGCUACCUGUACAGCUCCAGUUAAUCAGUCAGCAACAGCAUUCUACUUCUUCAAGGACGGAGACCUUAUUUAUUCUGCUUAUACAAGUGAUUCAGAAGCAAGCCAGCAAUUCACAUUAAAUGUUGACUUAAAAGGCAGCUCAAGGAAAGGGGAUUACACAUGCACCUAUGGGACAGUGAUAAAGGAACGUUCUGUAAAUUCAUCACAGAGUGAUGCAGUUCCAAUUCCUGCUGCAGAGUCAUUACUGUGGCAUUUGCUGACUGGAUCUGGUUGGUCUUUGUUUAUCGUCUUAUUGAUCCUCAUAUGUUGCCAGAGACGUUCUGCCAAGCAAAAAAGAAAACCUCCUAGGAAAAAUCAUUUUCUGUGGGCAAGCUUAAAGGCAGGGUCGUCUAGUGAUCACAGUGCCAGCAAAGACUGCACCAAAAUCAAAGAUCCAAGCAGCAGCAUCCAAGGAGAAAAUGCGCAGGAGAAUCAUGUGUUGUUGACAAACAUCAGUGAUAUGUCUUCCAUGGACCAAAGUCUUAUCACGCAACCCAGUGAGCUCUCCAGCACUGGUCAAGAUGAAUGUACCACAAAGAAUCAAUUGAAGAUGACAACCUUCACUAGUGAGUCUCUUACAGUCCAAAAUGUCACCGGACAACACAGCAUCCCUGUUGACUUGAACAGCGAUGCCCAAGAUGAAUGUCCCACGGAGAAUCAGUUGAAGAUGACAACCUUCACUGGUGAGUCUCUUACAGUCCAAAAUGUCAUCGCACAGCACAGCAUCCCUGUUGACUUGAACUGCGAUGCCCAAGAUUUGUACUUAAACAACACUGCAAGACCCUCAUCAUUUGCGAAUUCAGAAGAAGACGAAGAUGCAGUGUAUGCAAAUAUAAUUUAUGAAGAAUAAAGAAAAGGAUAUUAUACAUUAAUGAAGAAUAAACAAAACAAUAUUAUAAAACCAGCAAAAAUGCAUUUGAAUUGAAAGUCCAGUUUCUAAAAUGGAUGCAAUGAUAUUCAGUUGUAUGCAACAAAUGUUUAUAACAUAUUAGUGGCUAACAAAUAUUCUAAAAAAAUUGUUAUAUUUGACAGUAACUGGUGAAACAGAUGGCCAUAUGUAAGAUUCCUACAUUUGACUUUGUUAGAAUUUAGCUUUUGCAUGGUAACUGCUGCAGGCUUCAAAUCUUAUAGAUGACAAUUACAAGCAUGAUUCACAGAGGAGCAAACCUCUCUGUGUAGUUUCAAGGGAAUAAAUAAAAGUGACUAUCAAAAACUGUUUUCAAGAAUAUGGCAUCUGUAAAUUGGACUUACUUUCAGAACUGCUGUGAACUUUGGGCUGUUAUAUUUGCCGGAACUUGUAGAAAUCCUCAUCAGACAGCUAGGUGAAAACUACUCAGGUCUGGCCUAGUGUGUAAAGGGUCUAUGUCAAUUAAACGAAUGCUUGAAAUGUCGAGUGACAUAUGGUCAAGACCAUAUGAUCAACAUUUCAAGUGUUUGCAGAUUGACUUUAACGGAGUCGUAGAGUGCAGAAUGGGAGAAUUUCCCUUUUCUGUACUGAAGUGUGGUCUCAGAGUUGGUAUAUUUAAGUAGGGGGGUGUGGGGGGUGCA